AUGGGCGGGGCUUCUCGGACUCCACCUCGCGCACCGCCUUUCGCCACGCCCCUCCUGGGCCGCACCCACUCCUGCCUCAACGUGGCUCUUCCAGUUAACCGAAACCGCUUGUCCAAGCCGGGCGCCGAACGAGAGCGCGGGGGAAGCCGGCCUGCGCUGUCCCGCCCGCCAUGGCACCGCGUGGGGCCGGGGCCGGCCUGUCGCAUUAGCCACCCGCUUGUCGCCUCCAUCCAUAGCGGUGUCCAGCUGUCUCUGCGGAACCGGGGCCGGCGCGGCUUCCGUCCUCCGCGGGAUACAGGCGACCUGCGUUGCUCUGUAGCCGGCGCCUGGGCCCGGGGGCUACCGGCCGGGCGGUCAACGAGGGAAACACAGCCCCGUGCUGCGUCGUCCAGCCCUAAACUCCGGAGGAAUGUGCACUCGAGGAUGGAGUCCUACCGGGCCGACAGGGACCUCAGCCGCGAGGACACGGGCUGCAACCAGUGGCACAUCAGGGACCUGGAAAACUUGGACGGAAAUGUGAACUCCUGUCUUGUGGAUCUUACUGGGGCCUGUGAGAAAUGUUUCAUCAUCUUUGGAGAAAAGAACCAAUUACAAGCCUCCACAUUGAGGUCAGAUGUGAAGAUUGCAAGCCUUGUGUGCUAA